AUGAUACCAUCAUCUCCAUUGGAGGUGAAGAGGUCCAGUAUGAUGAUAUCAUCAGCCAAUGAAAAGAAUGAAAGUAUUAUUCUCGGAGGAAUUGGCGACGAUGAUUACGACCAUGAUGAUACUGAAACAACUUCAAAGAAGCCUUCCACGCAAUUACAACAACUGUUUGACAUGAUACAAAAGGAACAAGGAAUGAUUAUGGAGGACUCAAAGUCAGAUGUCAUGUCGACAGUGUUGAACACAUCCGCUGGCUCUUCAAAUAUUGAACUGCAGGAUGACCAAUCGAGCAUUGACCAGACAAGUCAGACAUCUUUGGGAGCUUUGGGUCAAAUGAAAGAGUUGAGUGACGAAGUUUUGGGCGGAGGAUUUGUUCUGGAGGUCGUAACAGUUGUGAUUUGUGUUCUUUAUUAUUUAUCAUCAAUUUUGGCUUUUGCUAUCAGGCCAUCAUUUAUCAAUAUGGGAUACCUUUUGAUUUUCUUUGUUCAUAAUCUUGCUCCAAGUUAUUAUCCAUACUUUCAACGAGUACCAAUCAAUCGUAUUUGGAUGAUGAUUCCAAGAUAUUACACUCUUAUUCUUGGAUUUUUGCUGACUUUAUCUUGUAUGAUUGGUCAUAUUGUGCUGAGUGCACUCGCCAAUUUGGAUACAGAUGUUGAAAAUAUUUUGAGAGAUGUCGGAUUUGUCAAACUUUCUGGCAAAGGUUUAGAUCAAAUCUUGAUGCAUGUUCUUCCCGAUUGUUUACUAACGAUAUUUUCGUUAUUGGCACUCAUAUUUUUAGCAGUGCUUUGGAAAAAGAGAAGAUAUUUAAUUAGGGAUGGUAUUCCACUCAAAAUUAAAAAAGCUCUUCCCACUUCAAUUAAGGGUAAAGUAAUGAUACUUCCAGAAGAAUCGAGAAAAUCUCCUGCCGUCAAAUCACUCUCGAUAACAUCCUCGGACAAUGUAGAGAUUGAGAUUGGACAACCAGUUGAAACGCCCUAUAGAAUGCAAACAGAUGAUGUCGUUACCGAUGUUGUGACAACCUCUAACACGACCAUGGGCAAUGCCGCUCAGCCUAAACCAGAAUUUAUUCCUAAAUUGCCAUAUGCAACCAUGAACAUGUGGGAGCUUCCUGGAGUGUUCGCUAAAAAGCCAAAAUUGAUCACAACAACAUUAGAAAAUCUCAAGAACAAGGUUGAAAAUAUUGGAACCAUGACGAACAAGAGCUCAAAAGCAGCAUCGAUACACAAAAAACACAUUUCGAUUCAUGACUUUAAGGUAUUGCUGUUUACUCUCUCAUGCAUGAUUACCGCAUGUUUUUACCCUGGAUUUGUGAGCAUAUUUUACCUUUUAAUGUCAUUCCUGGUUAUCACUUUUGCUAGCUUUAACAUCAAAUUGAAGACAGGUGUCACUCUUAGUUUAUUUAUUUUGAAUCAGGCCUAUUCCAUGCUUCUGCUUAUUUUCUAUUUCUUGACAAGAUUUCAAUACAAUUCUUUGGCAACUGUCGGCCAGUUUUCAAAGAUGAUUCUUACAGAUCCAUACGGAAAAAUGGCUGGAUUUUUUGACAUUGAUGGAAACCUAAAGAAUUUUGACUAUUUUUCAAAAUACUAUACUGGAUACGUGUUUUUGGGGUUCAUUCUUUUGACAUUUAUACUUUCCUGCAAUUUUAUGAGCCAAUAUUUUGCCAAGCUAUUAGAAGAAAAUAACUUGAAAAAACAAAUUUCAAAAUUUUUGAUGGAAUACUCAAAAAAGAUUAUGAGAAGAGAUGUCAAAGAAAAUUCAGAUGAAUAUUACGAAGAAAUUUAUUACAAAUCUGAGUACAGAAGACUCGUAGAAAUUAUGGAAACCACUGCACAGACCUCUACAAAUUCAUUAUUUGCUUCCUCACAUCGGUUCCGUAAUUUCAUGUUAUACUACCUGCAACGAUCAAUUUUAUACAUUUUAAUGAUUGCACUUAUUUGCGUCGUGCUAACGGUGCCCAGUUUGUCAAGUUUGCCAUAUCUUUUGUUCAUGUAUUUAGGAUUGGUUCUUGCUCCUUCUUCAACAUUAAGGCCAAACAAGAUCAUGCUCUUCUUACUUCCAAUUUGCUAUUUUUGGAGUAUUUUAUAUUUGAGCGCUCAAUAUGUUUUCCAAUUUCCAGAAUUUUCUGCAUACUCUCCCAAGACGACUCAAAUGUCAGAUAAUGUUUACAAUCCUUCAGGAAGUGGUGGUCUCAUCUUCUACCCUACGCAAGGUAUUCUCUACAGAGUCAUUGUGAGUACGACAGUUGGAGCUUUUAUCACCGACAUUAGCGUGAGUGGAAGGUCGAUUGUUCUUGUACUCGUUCUUUUUGGUCAGCUUUUAUUGUCAUUAUUUUUGGGUCUUACACUUCGUGUCAGUUUAUUCUCCAAACUCAUAGAUUAUGAAAAUGAUGUUAAAAACAAUACCAACAAUUACACAAUGAAGAAUGAAGAUGACAAACCAACCACAGAUCACCUCGAGAGGUCUCCUUCAAAACCAAGACCAAUUUCAAGUGCUUUUUAUUAUGAGAGUGAAAGCGAUUUGGGCGAAGUUGCAGCAUCUCCUUUGACUGACCAGACUUCAAAUUCAUAUCGUGAAUCUAUUUCAAUGGUGGAUGAAAAACCUCCUCAAAUUGUUGUAGAGUCUGUUGACAUGACCGAGUUGGAUAAGCUCAAAGACGAAGCAGAUAAUAACCUUGGUGAGGUUGAUGGUGAGGAAAAGAAACAAAAAAACUUGGAGUUUAUUUGGGAAAAAACACAGCAACUUGCUCGCUUUAUCAAAGUACUUAUUCUAGACUACUUUUGGAAAGUUUUAUUAAUUUUAUUUGUUAGAAACAGCUUCUACUUGAGCUUGAUUGUUUGUUAUUUUGCUGAUUUGACGUCAGAAAACGCAGACUUGUUACACGCAAUUUAUUUAAUAUUUUGCUCAACAUACUUUAUAUUCCCAAAUUUUGCAAGAAAAACAUGGAUUUUACUUGUUUUAUAUUGCCAAUUUGUGAUUAUUGCUCUCUAUUUCUUCAAUGUUUGGUACGCACCUGAGAUUGUUGAUCUACCCUAUGAAAUUAUUGGUUUCAAUCCUGCGUUCCUUACUAUUGAUAACAUGGACAAGACAAACAGUUUUGGAGUGUUCUGGAAGGGUUUAAUUUGGCAUAUUUUCAUUCUAGUCCUCACAAGUAUUCAAUAUCAUAUCACUAAUGUUAAAAAUGUUGGCAACGUUAAUAUUGAAACUAGUAUUGAUCGAUGGGAACUUUUCACAAAAGAGAAAAAUGCAACCCUUCAUGCAUUUGUUGAAAAGUGCAAGAUGAUUUGGGACAAAAUAUUUUUGGAAACAGAGCUACUGUAUUAUUUGGGUACAUUGUUGAGCUAUUUUGCAGUAUUUUUGUUGAUUUUCCUUCAAAAGGAGGCAUCCUGGAUUGGAUUUUUAUUCCUACUCAUUGUCAUGAUUUGUUUUACUUUGAACGUUGUGUCGAGCAGUGCCAACCCUUCCACCAACAAGAUGGGAUACAGACUUUUCAAACUAUUCGUGGCUUCAUGGUAUAUUUUCGUAUUUUACAGCACAUUUGUGUUUGUGGUAGAAUAUGCCUAUCAGUUCCCAUCGCUUUACUCGUACAUUCAAAGUAUAUUGCCUGAGGUAGAACGAGCUCAACAAUUUAUACAAGAACAUGAAAAAGACAAAUCCGUAUACAUCCCUCCUUACUACGGAUAUAUCACUCCAAGAAGCAUUGGUCUCUACAAGUAUCAGUAUAAGAAUGUUAGUCUUUUACCAUUUACAACCAUAGCUGUAUUGACUAUUAUUCAAUUGAAGUAUUUCCAAUAUGUCAUUUCAAGAAGAAGACAUCGCAUGAAAGUCAUAAAAGAAGAACAUGCAACUCAUGAGAGCCACAACGAGCAAGAUCAAAAGAAGCAAGAGGAGCCCUCUCUCGUAGAUGAAAUUGUAGACACCAUACAAGAAGAUCCAAGUAAUGUCAAGGUGGAAAAGCAAAUUAUUUUCUCAAAGAAAUUUGAUAGUUUCUUGUUAGAGACAUUUUUGGUGUUGAAACGGUUUUGUGUGAUGCACACUCCCAAGUUAUUGAUCAUUUUCUUGUUCUUGGCUGCUCACUUCAAUCCAAACAUUAUUGGGUUAAUAUAUUUGGUUUUGGUAUUGGUGUUAGCUCCUGCUCCAGUUAUUGCCAGCAAGAUUUGGUUCAUCAUCUCCUUCUACAGUGGUGCUAUCAUUUUGGUUAAAUAUGCAUAUCAACAUCCAUUUUUCACACAUGGAUUGUGCAAUAAUGCGUUGGGAGCUAUUAUUCAGCAUCAAGUGACAAACUUUGGAAAAUCUUCUGGAAUUUGCACCUGGUUAGAUUAUAUUGGUUUGGUCGAUGCAGCAACAACUCCAAAUCAAUACGUUGGAAAUGUUUUAUGGUCCAGCCUUUUGGUAUUCAUAGCUGCUCUUUUACAACAAGUUACAUUCCGUUGGGAAAAAUCUCUGAAGAGAAGAGGUCUCUAUGAGGAAGGACAUCUCUUUUUGGAGGCUGAGGCACGCCUAACUUCGAAAAAGACAGAAGAAGAGAAAAAAGCUUCUGCUUUGGGAAGCAAGAGAAUUUUCCGAAAGAGAACCACAAUCUAUAUUAACAGAGAAGAUCUUGACAAGCUCUAUGCCGAGGAAGAAGAAGAAAACUCUGGAGAGAAUGAAGAAAACUUCAAAAACACGUACAAGAGAAAAUUGCUGAAAUUUGUGACCAAAGUGAAUCGAACGAUCAAGUAUACAUUCAACCAUUUCUAUGACGGUUUUGGAUUUGAGAUUUCUCUCUUUACAUUGUUACUAGGAAGCUUAUCUCUCAUUCAAACUUUGUGGGGAGCUGUUUACUUGAUUGUGUUUGGAGUUUGCUUCUUCACAGGAAAGAAAAAUAAGGUCUUAAGCAGAGGAUGGAUUUUCCUUGUGAUGGUGGUCGAAAUUAACAUGCUUAUUCUAUUUUUCUUCAGACUUAAAAUAGUACAAAGCCUCCAAUUUUAUGGAACGAUGAUGAACAUACCUGUGUUCAGCCGAUACAUCAUUUUGAAUUUAGGAGGUACUUCUGAUAUCAACAAUACGGAGUAUAUUGUGGCUAUUUUAUACUUGAUGAUGUUCUUUAUGGCUCUUCAGGCAAGAGUUUUCUUUAAAGGAAUGUAUGCUCGAAUUCAACAUAUUGAAAUUUCACAACCUGAAAAGCUUCCAAAACGUGAGAGAGGAGAAUUGGUCUCCAAAUUUUUGGAACGCACUCAAAAGGUGGAUGGUAAUCUUAUCGUGCAAUUGGAUAGCAGUAGUCUUGUCAGAAGAAAUAUUGAUACUAGAAAAAUUGAGAAAAUUAAGGAUUUUACAACACCAGAGAAUCAAAAGAAAUUGUGGUACAAGAUCAAGUUAUUUAUCUACAGAUUCUUUUGCUUUUUGGUGCUGAUUGUGAUGUUCAUUGACGCUGCAAUUGACUCCAAUGUGAUCAAAUUGGUUCAGAUGGUUCUUUGUUUGUUCUAUCUCAAUUUAUUUAACAGAAUUUAUUGGAAAUCAGUACCUUUUUGGAGAGGUAUUGGUAUUUUCUAUUUCAUUUCCUUUGUUAUUGACGCCAUUUAUCAAAUACCAAUUGUUUUGCUCGGUGAUCCUAUUAAUUGGAGCUCAGAUAAUGAUACGACUGGUUGGGUGAAUAAUCUAUGCCUGUUGUUCGGUCUAAAGAGAAGAGGAAUUGAAAACUUUGUAUCUGAGAUUAUUGUCGUGUGCUUGUAUUACAUUCAGAUUCUUUUAUUUGAAAGUGAAGAUUACAUACACUUUGUGAACUUGCUCUACCGUGAAAACCACGAACGCGCUUCCAAGUACAAACUCAAUCAAGCCCACCGAGCUGCUCAAAUUCUCUCAAGAUUUUCUGAAGAGCUCUUCUCUGAGAAGAGACGUGAAGCCAAUCGUUCUGCUUUGAAGAGUUUCCAUGAAGUGAAUAAGGCAUCCGAUUUCCAAACAUUUUACGAUCGAAAGCACAUGCUCAAAGAUGAGUAUGAAAAAGUGGUCAAGACAUAUGCAAAGAAUUCCGAAAAGAUUGAACGUGAGAGAGCCAUUCUUGUUCUUGCAAUUAGUGAGCUACUUGAUAUGGAAAGUCAAGAAUCCGCAAAAAUUAGAAAGAGAAUUGUUUCCAAUGUGAAUAAGGAAGGAGCAUUAAUGAAAAAACUGUUGAAACGUGCGGAAUAUAAAUUCCAAAAGAAAAUGAGAGAAGUUGUUUCCACUCUUGAGAAUUUGCAAAACUUUAAACAAGUUAAGGUUGUUUCCAAGAGAAGUCCCAUUAAUUUUGAACGAGGUUUAAUUGAUAUUCCACAAGAUCCAACACAAGAAUUUAUGCCAAGCAGCAUCACAAAGGAAGAAAUUCAGCAUGUUAUGAAGAGUAUUGUUUCCAAGAUUGCUCCUCAUGAUAGAAUUGUUGAUUUGGGAGAUGUAUUUGGAGCUCCAACCACAAAUUUGGAUAAUCUUGUGAAAACUCACGUCAAAACUGAUUCCAUCAACGACGUAUUGAGCAAACAAAUUCGAAAGCUUGUAGAGGAAGAAAACACAACAGGUCACGAAGGAACAUCCAAAGAUGGGGUAAAAGAAAAAGAACCAAAAGAACAACAAGUCAAAUAUCCCUUCUCUUUCAAAUUGAAAAAGGUCAUGGCCAUGAUUUUUGCCCAUGUUGGACAUUACAUUUACAUGUUCACUGAUUUAUUCACCAACCGAGUGCAAAUAUUUAUUGGAAUUUCUUGGAUGGACAAUGCCACCAUUGAAAAGAAGUAUCGUGUGAAUUUGGAUGCGAUCAUUAAGGAAGCCAUUGAUGAAUAUAUUGAAAAUAAGGAAAAGGAACAAGAAAAGCCACCACAAGAAGUUGAAUUAUUGGACGAAAUCAAAUUAACCACCACCGACGACAACAAGCAACAAGAAACAACGACCAAAGAAGCAACACAAGAUCAAAUUCCAACGAUCAAUCUUGAUCAAGUCAUGCAAACAGAGUUGGAUCAAUUGAAAGUUCAUCCAGAUAUGAAAAAGAAGCCAUUCCAUUGGGUUCCAAUCGCUCUCAAGAUUCGACAACUCUUGAUUGUUCUCACCAAGCUCUUCUUUAACAACACCGAUGUCAUUUGCUUCUUUGCCAUGUUAGUGAAUGUUCUAUAUGCUCCAACCUAUUUCAACUUGCUAUUCACUUUUUGUGCGUUCACCUACGCUGCCAUUCAAUAUCCAUAUCCACAUCGAUACUAUUAUGAAGCCAUGUUGAUUUGGGCUCAAUUUUUGAUUGCUGUACAAUAUAUUUUGUAUCUCAUUCAAGCUGCGUUACCAGAUUCCAUGAAAACAAGCGAUACAGAUCCAGCGAUCUUUUUACUGGGAUGGCAACCAAGUACAGCAUUGUUAUCGGAUAUAGUCAUGUAUUUGUUGAUCAUAUUAGCCAUUUUCUUCCAUCGUGAAGUGAGUAGGAAUCGUGGUGAGUGGAAAACCAAUUCUCGAAAGAAGAAGAAAUCAAAAGAAGGUGCUUCUACAGAUUCAACAGGACAUGCCGUGACAACGUCAAGUCAACAACAACAAUCUGGAACUGUUGAACCGUCUACCACCAUUGUUGGUACAGAGCCUGCUUCUUCUUCAGAACAAAAACUUUCCGUUGUUGAACCUACCACUAGAGCAAGAUCUGAUACCACCACUUCGAUUGAGCUUGUUUCUGAAAGACAGACUGACACAACAGAUACAAACAAAGAACCCAAAAAGAAGAAUAAGACUGUUAAAUUCAUAGAUGUCGAGGAGGAAGAAGCAAAGAAGGAAGCAGCCAAGAAAGAACCCUUUGUGAAGAGAGCCUUUAGAAAGCUUGUCAACGGUGUCAAAGCAGUUGUGAAUGACCAAUUCAAACUCGGUAUUGAUUAUUAUGUGGUCACAGUUGCUGUAGAAAUUAUUUCAUUCGUUUUAUUUUUCUUCAGUUAUUCGAGCAUGAGUGGUAGAGCUGCCGAUGAGACAUUGGGUGCUAUCAAAUCCAAUGAGUUAUCAGGAGCAUUUGUUAUCAUUUUGUUCGUGUUCUUUAUUGAAAUUUGCAUUGAGAGAGUUUUAUAUCUUUUCGCAAGCGUGACUGCCAAGUUAAUUUUCCACAUUCUACUAGUGAUCAUUUAUCACAUUGUUUACAUUGUGUCCUAUAUCAUCAUCCAUAGAAACCAGAAUUCCACUGGAAUUGUAUUGCUCAAGAUUCUAUUCUUUAUCAAAUGUGUGUAUUUAUUUUUAGCUUCACUUCAAAUUCGAACAGGAUAUCCAAAACGAAGAUAUACACAAUUCUUUACGAGAUCCUAUUUCUGGAUCGCUCAAUAUAUUUAUCUUGGAUACCGAGCAAUUCCAUUUGUAUUUGAAUUGAAGACACUCUUGGAUUGGACAUUUAUUGACACUACUUUUAACUUUUACGAAUACCUUAAAUUUGAAGAUAUUUACAGCGCUCUUUACAAGAGAAAAUGUGACUUGGAGUACAAAAUUUUGCAAGCCAGAGGUUUUGGAAAUCGCAUUUUCUUGACUACCAAAGCCACCAGUGGAUUUUUACUAUUUGUUAUCUUUUCCAUGAUCAUCUUCUUCCCAUUGCUGUUCUAUUCCACAGCAAAUCCAGCGCUCAGCUACAAUUCAGUGAACACAGUGGAGGUCAGCAUUGGUUUGGAAGGUUUCGAGUCUCUCUAUGAAAAUCGCUUCUAUAGGCUUCAUCCAGAAGAUUCUCUUGAAAGUUUUGUUGAUUUCUUUGAUGGAAAUGGUUUGCGUUUAUUUGCUGAUUAUGAUCCAAGCUUCCAAAUUCAAAAUUUCACACUUGCUUCCUAUUCUGAACGCUAUUGGUUAAUUUCAACACCGAGUAGAAUUAGUCUUGUGAAUGCUCUCUUGAAUGACACUCUUUCUCUCAAUUUAACCAUGCAUUUGAAUAUUAAUAGAGCAGGUCCAUCCACACAAUUGAGUUUACAAAGUCGUCAAGUCGUUGCUCUGAGCAAGAACAAACGUUUACAACUUGCCAAAUUAAUCAAUUAUAAUGUUUCUUACACGAAUUUCGACACUACUAUCACUGAGAGUAUUUCAAUUCCAUUCACUUAUAAUCCAUAUGUCAUGAACAAGUAUUCUGCAUUGGCCUAUGCAACCGUUACAGAAGAGAGAUAUCUUCCAAAUUGUACCUUAACAGUUAGUAACAAGUACAUUACUCGAGAAAAUGUCACAGCAAAUAAUCCACCUGGAUUUGUUUCAUGGUUCAUGUCAUGUUCACAACCUACCAAAUUCUAUCCUCCAGGAAAGUCUGGAAAUUUGAAUAGUGUGAAAGGAGGUCCAUUUUUCUUUAUCCAAAGUACAAAUAUUGUGGCCGCUAAUUCCAUCAUUUCUGCCAUUAGUAGUUUUGGUAUCAUUACCUUUUAUACAUCCUUUGUACUUGCAGUGGCUCAAUUCAUUCGUCUCUACAGCAGUGGUUUAAUAGGACGAGUCAUUUAUGAAGAUUUAGAUAAUGUCGAUUUGUUACUCAAUUACUGUCAAGACAUUUACAAGGCAAGAGAAGAUAAAGAUUUAGCAAUGGAAGAGGCCAUGUAUUUGAAUUUGCUCAGAAUCUUUAGAUCGACUGAAUUGUUACAAGUCUGGACAAGAGAUGCAAAGAAGAAUUGGUUGUAA